AUGCAGCACGUUCGAGUUCCUCGCGCCUCGCAGGUGCCGGUCCCACCGCCAAACUCUGCACCACUCGAAAUCUCUCGCGAGACGAGGCAGCAGCUGCGUGCAGUGCGUCAUUGCGCGUAUGAGCGAUACCAGGAGAACGCCCAGUGGACUAGGGAGCUACUCGAGGGUCCAAAGGCACAAAAAGACGCGGAACCAUGUACAAGUCACCCAACAGAGCUGUCUGAAGACUCUUGGAAGCAGCUGGAGGCGAGUAGACAGAUGGUGCAGAAGCUGGAAGAGAAAUUGAAGCACCAGAGCGAGGCACAGGACGCGGCGCAGCGUCAGUUUGAUGAAAUGAUGACGAUGUUGAAAAACGCUCAUGACGCAGCUGCAGUGGAAGAGUGUGAGGCAAAACUCGCCCAGGACAAGUUGCUGCUGGUGUCGGAUCAGCCACGCAAGAUGGAUAUUGUCAGGCUGUAA